AUGACAGCAGUUCAGAUGACCCAAGAGCAAUUUCGGGAAUUGCUCAAUCGAAUAACUGAUUACCACCUGAUUACCACCCCCGGAGGUGACAUCGCUCAAAAUCACGCUGCUGUCGAGGAGUUCAUUACGGCCGCAAAUAUCUUCAAGGAUAUGGAAGGAAUCAGCGACCAAGCGGCCAUAGCGGGAUUACCGCUAUUGCUUACAGCAGAGGCCAACCAAUGGUGGAACGGGGUGAAGAGCACGAUCGAAUCGUGGAAACACGCCAUCGAGUUGAUUCGAAAAGCUUUCGCUCCGCGCCGUGCAAAUCACCGCCUCUUCCUCGAAAUACAAGAUUGUGUCGAUAUGGUAAUUGGUGCGCGAACAUUUACAUCAGUAGUACAGCAACUCCGAGAUCAUGGUACCUUCAACUUCAAACUCACGAUCGUGGCCGUGAUAGGACAGAAAGAAGAACCAGAAGACCUGCCCACCGACAAAUAUGUAACUCUACAGAGAGAGCGGUUGGGGCAGAUGUCCCGCGAAUUGGACGAGCAGUGGCAACUUGAUGUCAUUUACGGUCUACUACGCUACAAGAUCCGCGAUCGGGUUCCUCGCACUGAUAUCGCCACCUUUCAAGAACUGCUCGAAAGGUGCAGGGAUGUCGAGGAAAACGAGCGCGAGAGUGGAACCACCAAACGAGUCACGCCAGCGGCAGCCAGCGCCGCAACCGCACCCGCCAAUGAGAGAAAGGAGAGAACAAGAAUCAAGUGCCAGUUCUGCAAGUGUUUCGGACACACGGCACAGGAAUGUCGCAAGCAAAAAAGGUAA